AUGCAGACCGUGGACAAGAUCCAGAAGUCUCGAAACAAGGGCCCGGCUUGCACUCAGUGCCGCCAGUUGAAGUUGAAAUGUGACUCCAGCCAAACAUUCCCUGCUCCCUGCAGCCGAUGCAGCAGGACGGGAGCGCGAUGCCUGAUCGAUUCUUCCUUUCGGCGGGAAAAGCGCCAGGAACGUAUUGAAAGGCUGGAAGAGGAGCUGCUCCUGGCGAAACAGAAGCUGGAACAUGCACCGUCUGCUUCUGAUCGAGCGUCAACAGAACCACAAGCACGGCAACCUGGCGGCGAGGAGGACUUCACUACUUUCCCUUUCGCAAACUGUGUCGGAGAACUCGACCCAGCAAAUCUGGAAGAUAUCACAAUCCAGCCUGGUUCCAUCGUUGAGUUGUUUGAGCGCUACUACCUCCACCACCACCCGCGAUUUCCCAUCUUGUCGGCACCCUCGAUCACGCUGAGGUCGUCAAAGAAAUGGCCUCCUCUGUUCUGGAGCAUUAUCCUGGUAUCUGCAAAAUGCCGUCAGCACGCCGGCUUGUACUCCAGACUAAGCCAGCCGCUCAAGAGGCUGGUCCUAAGUCCCGAGUACCUUGCAAACCGGUCCGUUGAAAUGAUCCAGGCUCUGUUGCUCCUCUGCACCUGGGCAGGAGGUGAUGACCGAAGUUGGACAGACCUUUCAUGGACCUACAGUGGGAUUGCCACCCACGCAGCCCUCCAAAUUGGCCUGCAUCGACCCGAAUAUAGCAACGAUUUCAUAUACGGCUCGAAAUUCGAUGAAGAUGCUAUUGUGCCUCGAAGGAAGGCAUGGAUUGCCUGCUUCAUUGUUAAUGAGAUGGCAAGCCGCAGAAUCGGUGUGCCGUGCACCACUCCUAUCGACCACACCAUCCUUGAAGCUUUAUCAUCUCCCUCUUCUGCCAUCCCCUCCAGACUCAAGCAGCAACUUCAGAUCGCGUAUCUGUCGUACCGAACAAACACUACCCUGGGCAAUUCCGACCUCAGCCCGGCGGGGGUCCUCCAAAGCUCGAUAUCAGCCAUCCACAUGUUCGAAAAAGAAUUCUCCUUGAUGGAAUCGACAUCUGGCCUGUUAUGGUCACCUCACGAGGAGGUGCUAUUUCUCGGAUCUAAGCUGAAUCUCUAUAUUUAUGCAAUCACCUCUUCAAACACCACCAGUGAAAACGGCCGGCACUCCAAUGUAGACGAGUUCAUCGGCCCAGCUCUCGCAACGGGGUUGAAGCUCAUCAACAUCGCCAAUAAUGCCGAAGACGAAAUAAUCUCCUGGAGCGUGCACACAAAAGAAUCCCUCAUCGCGGCCACCUUCUUCCUCCUAAUGCUGAGAGACAGCGAGCACCCCCUAGUCGACCUCGCCGCUACGAGAAAGGCAAUCGGCCAAGCCUGGAAUACACUUCAUGCAUGCACGGUCACGGAGCAUGAUUACCUGACGAGAACCUGCACUACCAUUUCCUACCUCAGCCAGCAUCCGCUAAAGAGAGAAGGGAAUGGCUUCGCAUUGAGAACGAAGUCGAGGAUGGCGUCAAGCAUCAUGUGGGACACCAUAAGGCGGCUGAAGGAGCAAUUCGGCCUUGAGAAGCCUGCUCAGUCUUUGAGUGAGCGCCUCGCUGCCGCGAGUGAUCGCACGCCGCUUUCUGGCGAGUUCGCCACGCAGGCGUACCCAGACAACCUGUCCUUCGAGUACUCGGGCGGCGAUCUGAUCGACUGGGACUCGCUAUUCAACGAGCUCGGAGAUUUUUACAUACCGCCACCAGACAUGGUGGUAUAA